UGGACAGAGAUCUUUAUGGACUGCACUGGGAGCAGCGGCACUUGCUGAUGUGUGGACACCUGGAUCUGUAAGUCUAUAUCCUGCUCUUUGGGUGCUGCAGCGUGAGCAGGGCUGGGGCAUCCAGACUGACUUCUCUACUGUAGGCAAGCUUACUGGCUAAGGCCUGUAUUUCAUGGCUAUAUAAACAGCAUCCCCCCGACAUUCAUUCAGGAGUGGUAAUUGCUGCUAUUACAUAAACAAGGGCAUUAGAAGAUAAGGAAAAUCACACUAGGUCACUUGGUCUCAUAAGGACUAAUUGUAAUAUCCACAACUGUUAUUUAGAAUCCAGUUCACUUCACCUAUGCUCCCUUCAGUAUUUCCUCAAUGUGUUCCUAUAAACACAGUUUACAGAGCUGUGGGGUCUGACGCAGGGCACUUGAAAUGUGUCUGAGAUGGGAGAGUUAAUUUUUGUGUUUGUGAUUGUAUUUUCUGCUGCAUCUAACAGGACUCAUGACUAAAGGAUAUUGUUAGCUUAUAAAGAAGAAACAAACAUUUUAGGUCAAAUUCCUGUUAUCACAUUAAACCCUUACAAAUAAAUAAAUAAAUAAAAAUUAAAAACAACAACAACAACAACAACAAACAGAAAAGAAAGAAAGAAAAAUAUUCUUGUGGAAGCAGAAGUCCUGGAAUUUUCCACUUCUGGCCUAACACAGACUGAAUACUCUGUGCUUGUGGUUUAAAUGGGAUGAGGUUAAUAUGGCUUCCUGAAGGUAAUCUCUCUCCACAGAGAUAGGAUAUAGCACUUCUCUUUUUAAUUAGAGAGGUGGGUGGGUUGGAUCCCUAAAAUUUAGAUUUAGGUUUGGGUGUGGAUUUAUAGACCUGCUCCUCCCAGCAAAAGCUGGGACUGGUUGUGUUUAGGCCCAUUUUUUUGAAUUAAUUUUCAGUAAUUAAAGUGCAAUGCGUGGGAGGGGGCUAAAAUGAAAUACAAUUAUAAUGUAAUGCUCCUUCUUUGGUAUCCCCAUCCUUAUUCAUUUUAAGCCAUCUCCAAUGCUCUGAUGGGUUUAAAGCUUCCUGUAUCACACACUGUGCAAGCAGAAAUGUUUGAGUGAACUCUUGCCAAUGGCUCUGAGCAAGCAUGGGGCAUGUUUCAGAUUACACUGUGUGUUGUUGUUCUGAUCUGAUCUCCUUGCUAGGAGAGGCUGAGAAAGGCCGCUCUAGGGGAUUUACUUCCAGCAGCAGCAGCACAUGAUCCCUCAAUCGCGUGAUUCUCACCGCCAAGGUCUAAUGGGGAGGGUGAAGAAAAAGCUCACGCUGCCUUUUGGAAGCAACAGCGGCGGCUUCUGCUCACGGGCCCCCUCCGCCAGCUGGAUGCUUCAUGGCCUCUCCCAGGCUAGAAACCUACUGCUGCCCCAACAGGGAUGCAGCCACGCAGCUCGUAAUGAACUUCCAGCCCCAGGUUUUCUGUGGGGUGUGCAUCGGCAGUGCCUCUGCCAGCCUGCUGCUGACUAUCCUGCAGCUGCUGCCGAAGAAGGGGCAGAGCCUGCGGAAGAUGCCCAAAGCCUCCUCCUCCUCCACCAUUCUUCUCCUUAUCUCCGUGUGCGACAUCCUCGGCGGCUCAGGUGUGAUCUUCAGAUCCAGUGUCUGGUUGGGCUUCCCGAGCUUUGUUGCCAACAUCUCAGUGGCCAACGGGACUGAUGUGUGGCCCUCUGCCUUCUGCGUGGGCAGUGCGAUGUGGAUCCAGCUGUUAUAUAGUGCUGGCUUCUGGUGGUUAUUUUGCUACGCUGUCGAUUCUUACUUGGUGGUAAGAAGAUCAGCAGGACUGAGUACAAUCGUGCUGUACCAUAUGAUGGCCUGGGGGCUGGCAGUUUUGCUCUGCGUGGAGGGUGUUGCGCUGCUUUACUACCCGUCCCUUUCCAGCUGUGAAAGAGGCCUGGAGCAUGCAAUCCCACAUUACAUCACAACCUAUGCCCCGCUCCUUCUGGUGCUGGUGGUCAACCCAGUCCUGUUCAGAAGGACAGUGACUGCAGUUGCCUCUUUACUGAAAGGGAGACAGGGGAUUUACACGGAGAAUGAGAGACGGCUGGGGACAGAGAUCCAGAUGCGCUUUUUCAAGAUUAUGCUGGUAUUCAUUGUUUGCUGGUCAUCUAAUAUCAUCAACGAGAGCCUUUUGUUCUAUCUCGAAAUGCAGCCAGAUAUCAAUGAAACACCUUUGAAAAACAUUAGAAGUGCUGCACUGAUCACAUGGAUUAUAAUGGGGGUUCUUAAUCCGAUGCAGGGCUUCCUGUUCACGUUAGCUUUCUAUGGCUGGACAGGAUGGAGAGUGGACCUGAAAUGGCAGAAGAGAGAAAUACCCUGGGAAUCGAUGUCCUCAUCAACGGUGGGUGACAAUGACUAUCCGUCACCAGUGAACUACCAAAGCAACGUCCAUGAUUCAAAGAAGACAUCGACCACUGAUAGCCAUCAGACUGAUGAGGCUAUAAGCAUGUUGUCUGAAGGUAACACUAGCGGUGAUGACAGGUUGACCAGGAGCUCUCCCAUCUACCAGGGCUGGUAGCUUAUAGGUGGAGAGCUGAAUCUCACUUCUCCCAUUGUCAAGACUCACAAAAGCAUGGCACUGCGUGAACCAUCGCUCACUCUGGAAUUUGGUUUGUGCCUGACGGCUCAGUGUAAUUUCCUGUAGCUUUUGUUCGUGUGUGAGACUGUGUAAGAUGCAGAUAAGUGAUGGUUAAUGAUGUCCUUACUUGCCUUUCAGGAGAUGUGUAGCAAGGUACAAAGGCCUGAUUGCUUUUAGCAGGAGUAUGUCUGUGCAGGGAUUUAUGUUACUUAUGAUUCAUCUGUUUUCUUUCAAUCUCUCCUGUAACCUCCGUAUGGUAGAAGUGUCUUUUGUUUAAAUAAACAGACUAUUAAUAUGUUGGUUUUUAAAAUGUGUUCCCUUGCUUGCCUUGCUCAGCAUAAAAUCUCCAGAAUUACAGCUCUGAGACACAACUUCUACCCUUGAUACCCUAGUAAAACAUGAGUGGCAGCAAACUUGGCUAUAAGGACAGAUUUCCCUGCUUGUGCAGAAUUUCACUGUCAAAGUCUUCUUUUAGCUUGUUUAUAUUAAUUUUCAGCUUGCUUUUAUCUAGGGAGUUGAAUGUCUUUUAAAACAAAUUCAGACAUGAAUUGGAGCUGAGGCUCCAAGAAGGCUUCAGAAUAAUGGCUCCAGUUCACUGCUGCUCCAAGCAAAAACAGCUCUUCAGCCUAUUUAUUUUAAUCUGAAUUCAGUUUGAUCCUUACGUGUACCUGUCUAACAGGAUUAUGUCUGAUAGUUGCAUUAAGAGAUAAUAUUUGCAAAGAGCGCUGAGAUGAUCUGAGUGGUCAUCAGAAAAGAAUGAACAGAAUCAAUAGUUCUAUCUCAUCAGAAUCGAAUGAAUGGAAUCAGUAGUUCUUGCUCUGACAUGUACUCUAUGUUAUGCCUUCAGCUGCGGAAUGGAGAGAUACCACAUCUACUCUCCAUAUCUCCUCAGGUACAGAUCUCAGUUGGUACAGUGCACUGAGUACCCAAACAGUUUCCAAACUUGGUUGAAAAGUAAGAAAAAAAAUAAUGAUGAUGAUGUCUCCCCCCAGGCUUUUAACCUCAUGUCAGAGUUAGAAAUGAGAUGGCUAAGCACGGUUCUGCUGGAAGCUGUUCACCAAACAAUGU